AGGAGACAAAAAGCUCGCCCCUCUACACAACACUCCUCUACCCAUCAAAGUUACUUCUCACUCUUUUCCACGCGUUGUCCCUCCCUCCGCCCGACCAAGGCAUACGCAUUCAUCACGUCGCUUCCCCAUCACUUCUCGCAUAUAUAUAUAUUUCGUUUUGUCAUUGCCGUCGCCUACCUACACAGCCCGAACCAUGUCCAUUCCGUUGACGGUGGAGGACUUCAUCGGCACCGAGCUCAUCUACACCUACGACAACGGGUGGGAGUAUGAGCUGUACGUGAAGAACAGGGACACCAUCGACUAUCGCAUUUUCUCCGGCAUGGUCGGGGGACGUUGGGUGAAGGAUCAGAAGGUGUUCCUCGACAUGCUUCUCCCCGGCGUGUUCAAGCUGUCGUGGUCGGAGCCGACGGGCACAGAUGUGAGUCUGUGCUUUAUGCUGGCGGAGAAGCGCACCCACGGCACCAUUUUCUUUCCCAAGUGGGUGCAUGAUUUUCCCGCGAUCACGGUCUGCUACCAGAACGACUACAUUCCGUUGAUGGAGGAGUCGCGUUUAAAGUACGACACCUACCCGAAGUUCGACGUCUCGGAGUUCUCGACGAUUACCUUCAUGAAGAACUGUGGCGCGAAUAACGAGAAGGUCGUCGCGCAGGCGCCGUACGAUGGCAUGGCUGACGAUAUUCGCAGCGGUAAACUCACCUUUAACUAG